AUGAGUGAUGUUCCCGACUUCUACGUUGCAAGGUUUUCCGUAAAACAAUACAAUCUAGCUCGGAAUUCACUUAAUUCUAAUAGGAAAAAUGAUGAUUCCUUGCAAACUUCUAAUGAACCUUAUGAUAAUUCAGUACAUGAUGAUGAUACAUUAUCCGAUUCCACUAUACAAGACGAAUCGAUGAAUAUGGAUACAGAAAAUUCUGAUCUCUCACCUUUAAAGGAUGAUAAAAUCCAUCCUUUAAAUGAGAUUGACAACGAAAGAGAAGGCAUGGAAUUAAAGGAGAUAAAGGUAGAAAAAGUAGAAAUCGAAAAAGAUAUCAAUGAAAGCGUUAUCGAUGAUCCCAAAGAAUACAUUGGCGAAGGCAAUAGCGACACCAAGUACGUGGGCUCCGUGAACAAAAAAGCAGCCAAGCGACCAAGAAGAUCCUCACGUAAAAAAACUCCAGUGGUUAAGCGUAAUAAAAAGACCAAUUCAAGGAAAAUUCCUGAUAAAAAAACAAGUAAAGACGACGGUAACAAAAGAAAGAAAGGUGACAUCAUUAAAGAAAAGAUCAUUUAUGCUUCGCUUGAGGAAAGCAACGACGAAAUCGAAAGCGAUGAUAGCGAAUAUUAUGAGGCCUCGACUAGAAAUUGGAGCGCGAAUGAUAAACCCUACGAAUGUAAACAUCCAGGAUGUAACAAAAGAUACGCGUAUUUAAACAGCUUGUUAACACAUAGGAGAAUACACGAAAGCAAUAAUCCUUACGUAUGUUUAGAACCAGGUUGUGGAAAGAAAUUUGCACGGUCAGGUCAUUUGACAACACAUCAGAAAGUCCAUACUAAUGAGAAACCUUACGUGUGUAAUGAAUCAGGAUGCGACAGGAGUUUUAAAGUUUAUACCAGCUUAUUUUAUCAUAAGAGGUUACAUAGAGGUGAAAGCCCUUACAUUUGUGAGAUACAAGAUUGCGGCAAAAAAUAUACUAGCCAUG